CCUGUCCAUUACACACCCCGCAUUUGCCCCUAUUUGCGUCCUGCGAUGUGAACGUUGUUCGGCAAGCGCCGAACGGGGCUGAGCGCUAAUAUUUGCUGGAGGCAUCAUUCUCGGACCUCCUCUAAAUUUAACAUCUACUGCAGCUACCUUAAAAACGCGCCAUGGAAAACCCCAACCUCUGUCACCUUCUCUCCUACCAGUCCAGUGCUCAGCGCCUUACCUUCGAUGUCCUCAAUCGUCUUACCCGCGUCUAGAAGACAGUGCAUCCAGGUCACUGGCAACCUCCAGCAUUGCCAGUGUCUAUGGUUCUUUCCUCCCGAGUCACCCCUGCUAGACCAGAACAUCUGCGGUCAUUGUGGACAUGGUAUCCACUCGCAUGUCGACUACGUUUCAAUGUUUGUCUAUCAUUGCCCUGCGAUGAAUUGCGCUGCGUACUUUCCGAAGACAUCCCGGGUUCAAGCAUGCACAUGUUCAGCAUCUCUCAUUGAGCAUAUACCUAUCUGGAAUGCGCAUCGUUCGUCUACACCUCUAUCCUACGGGGUGGAUGUUGGCAAUAGCCCCCCUUCCAAUGCCAACACAUUCACCGGCGACGCGACGAACAUCCCAUUUACUCCAAUACCCAUGCCCUCUCCUUCCACUAACGCCAACCCAUCCUACUCUUACGGUAACACAGUGAUCCUCGCACCUACCCCGCAGCCUAUCACUCAAAUGGCCAUCACUCAGAUCGACGCCUAUUCCCACUCACAAGUGGAGAAUUCUUACAUUGCUCAGUACCAGGACGAUAAUUUCCGCGCUGAUGUCCUGGACUCGAGCGCGAUAUCAGACCAGGAUUAUUCGAUUGUGAGCUACAGCGCGGCGCAUGGAACGGAAACAUAG